ACGACCGUCGUUUACACUGUGCUUGCGUUCUGCUUUCCAUUGCCGACCUCUGUUCAUCUAAAUUUCUACGCAGUUCUCUUCAUUCCUUCAUUCUCAGGUGCAGAUACUCAUUCUCAAUGGCGCUGCCGAGUCAGGCCACCGUAGAUUACCCUAGCUUCAAGCUUGUAAUAGUCGGAGACGGUGGAACAGGGAAGACAACCUUUGUUAAACGUCAUAUAACUGGAGAGUUCGAGAAGAAAUAUGAACCGACAAUCGGAGUUGAAGUUCAUCCACUGGACUUCUUUACGAACUAUGGAAAGAUAAGGUUUUACUGCUGGGACACCGCUGGUCAGGAGAAGUUUGGUGGACUUAGAGAUGGUUACUAUAUUCAUGGACAGUGUGCCAUCAUCAUGUUCGAUGUCACUGCUCGUUUAACGUACAAAAACGUCCCAACAUGGCACCGAGAUCUCUGCAGGGUUUGUGAGAACAUACCCAUCGUGUUGUGUGGAAACAAGGUCGAUGUGAAAAACAGACAGGUUAAAGCAAAGCAGGUGACCUUCCACAGGAAGAAAAAUCUCCAGUACUACGAAAUCUCUGCAAAGAGUAAUUACAACUUCGAGAAGCCUUUCUUGUAUCUUGCUAGAAAGCUUGCUGGGAAUACGGAGCUCCACUUCGUCGAAUCACCUGCCCUUGCUCCUCCUGAAGUCGAAAUUAACUUGGCGGAACAAGCACAGCACGAAGCAGAGUUGGCACAAGCUGCUGCACAACCUCUUCCUGAUGAAGAUGACGAUGCUUUUGAGUGAAGCGCUUUAUAUCAACCGACUUGGCUUUGCUGUUUAGGGUUUUAUGGUGUGGUUUGUGGUUGUGGUUUUCUGGAGUUUGGAAGGCCGACCUAUGUGGUUCUUUAUUGAGGUCGGUUGUUUGGUUGUGUAAUUCACUAUAUAAUUGGACAUAGUAGGUUUGGUUAUAUUACUACUGCCAUCGAUUAAAUUUUGAUAAAUGAAUACCAUUAGCAGU